GUCUUGCAGACAUUGGGUACAGAAACAUACAGGCCCAGCUCAGCCUCCCAGUGUGUGGCUGGCAUUGCCUGUGCAGAGAUUCCCAUGAACCAGUGGCCUGAACUCAUUCCUCAGCUGGUAGCAAAUGUUACAAAUCAACACAGCACUGAGCACAUGAAAGAGUCUACCUUGGAGGCAAUUGGUUACAUCUGUCAGGAUAUUGACCCAGAGCAACUUCAGGACAAAUCCAAUGAGAUCCUAACAGCCAUUAUCCAGGGGAUGAGAAAAGAAGAGCCCAGUAACAAUGUGAAGCUAGCAGCUACAAAUGCACUCCUGAACUCUUUGGAAUUUACCAAAGCAAACUUUGACAAAGAGUCUGAAAGGCACUUUAUUAUGCAAGUUGUCUGUGAAGCAACGCAGUGUCCAGAUACAAGGGUACGGGUAGCUGCCUUGCAGAACUUGGUGAAGAUAAUGUCUCUGUACUAUCAGUAUAUGGAGACGUAUAUGGGUCCGGCUCUCUUUGCUAUCACAAUUGAAGCAAUGAAAAGUGAGAUAGAUGAGGUGGCUCUACAGGGAAUAGAAUUCUGGUCAAAUGUCUGUGAUGAGGAAAUGGAUUUGGCUAUUGAGGCAUCUGAGGCAGCAGAACAAGGAAGACCUCCAGAGCAUACCAGCAAAUUUUACGCUAAGGGAGCACUACAGUAUCUGGUCCCAAUUCUCACACAGACGCUAACAAAACAGGAUGAAAAUGAUGACGAUGAUGACUGGAACCCCUGUAAGGCAGCAGGGGUCUGUCUAAUGCUUCUGGCAACCUGCUGUGAAGAUGACAUUGUUCCCCAUGUACUGCCGUUCAUUAAAGAGCACAUUAAAAAUCCAGACUGGCGAUACAGAGAUGCAGCUGUCAUGGCUUUUGGGUGCAUUUUGGAAGGACCAGAGCCCAACCAGCUGAAACCACUAGUUAUACAGGCCAUGCCAACUUUAAUAGAACUAAUGAAGGACCCUAGUGUGGUGGUUCGGGAUACGACCGCAUGGACUGUGGGCAGGAUCUGUGAGCUGCUCCCUGAAGCUGCCAUCAAUGACAUUUACCUCGCUCCACUGUUGCAGUGUCUGAUUGAGGGCCUGAGCGCAGAGCCUAGAGUAGCUUCCAAUGUGUGCUGGGCCUUCUCAAGCCUGGCUGAAGCUGCCUAUGAAGCUGCAGAUGUAGCUGAUGAUCAGGAAGAGCCAGCAACCUACUGUUUAUCCUCCUCAUUUGAGCUAAUAGUUCAGAAACUUCUGGAGACCACAGACAGGCCUGAUGGACACCAGAAUAACCUGAGGAGUGCUGCAUAUGAAGCUCUGAUGGAAAUAGUAAAAAACAGUGCCAAGGACUGUUACCCUGCUGUCCAGAAGACAACCUUGGUCAUCAUGGAGAGACUGCAGCAGGUGCUGCAGAUGGAGUCUCAUAUCCAGAGUACAUCAGACAGAAUCCAGUUCAAUGAUCUUCAGUCUCUUCUUUGUGCUACUCUGCAGAAUGUUCUCCGGAAAGUGCAGCAUCAAGAUGCUUUGCAGAUCUCUGACGUGGUUAUGGCUUCUCUGUUGAGAAUGUUCCAGAGCACGGCUGGAUCAGGGGGUGUGCAAGAGGAUGCCUUGAUGGCAGUCAGCACCCUUGUGGAAGUUUUAGGUGGAGAGUUUCUGAAGUACAUGGAUGCCUUCAAACCUUUCCUGGGCAUUGGACUGAAGAACUAUGCAGAAUACCAGGUUUGUCUGGCUGCAGUGGGCCUAGUUGGAGACUUAUGUAGAGCCCUGCAGUCCAACAUCUUGCCUUUCUGCGAUGAGGUUAUGCAGCUGCUCUUAGAGAACUUGGGGAACGAGAAUGUUCAUAGGUCUGUAAAGCCUCAGAUUCUUUCUGUGUUUGGUGAUAUUGCCCUUGCCAUUGGUGGAGAGUUUAAAAAAUACCUAGAUGUUGUGUUGAACACCUUGCAGCAGGCCUCCCAAGCCCAGGUUGAUAAGUCUGACUAUGAUAUGGUAGACUACCUGAAUGAGCUAAGGGAGGGCUGUCUGGAAGCUUACACUGGCAUCAUUCAGGGACUGAAGGGAGACCAAGAAAAUGUGCACCCGGACGUCAUGCUGGUGCAGCCCAGAGUAGAAUUUAUUCUUUCUUUCAUUGACCACAUUGCUGGAGAUGAGGAUCACACAGACGGAGUAGUAGCUUGUGCUGCUGGGCUGAUAGGGGACUUGUGUACAGCAUUUGGGAAAGAUGUACUGAAAUUAGUAGAAGCUAGACCCAUGAUACAUGAACUGCUAACUGAAGGAAGAAGAUCCAAGACGAAUAAAACAAAAACCCUCGCUACCUGGGCGACUAAAGAACUGCGAAAACUGAAGAAUCAAGCUUGAUCUGUUACCAUUGGGAUGACACCUGAGACCCCCACUGGAAAUCUCCAAUCUUUUGAAAAAAACCCGGAAAUAAGGAGCGUGCACGGAUGCUGAAUGUUUGGGAAUGAGAGGAUGAGUGAGUGAGACGUGAAACACACCACAUUGAAAAUCCCGCCACAGUAACAGCAGCAGCGCUGUUAGUGAGCUGAGCACUGACUUGCGUUAAAAAAACAAAAAAACAAAAAAAAACAAACACAAAAAACCUGACGUCGUCUGCCUUGAGGAAGAGGGAAUGACUAAGCUGUUUGAAAUAAGCAGUCUCUUCCGACAGAGACUAGGACUAGCUUUUCUGUCUUUGGGCCAGUGCGGAGCGGAAUAACUAGUUUGGAAGAGAAGAAACUAGGUUCAACUGUGGUGCUCUUUGUUUGAGGUCUGGCUUUUGCUGCUGAAGAGAGCUGGAGUCUGGGUCUCUGGCCCGCCUUCUGUAACUUGCCACACAACGCUAUCAGUGCACCCUGGGUUAAAGGAGGGGUGAAGGAUUUUCAGUCUAAGAGUGAGUGUGUGUGAAUGAGGCGGUAUCCACAUUCUCAACUUCAAAGUCAUUGCAGUUUAUCUUUUCCCAAAAAGGGUUAGCUGUUGCAUUUCAUAAACUAACCGAAGUUCAGUCUACUGAUGCAGCCUAAGAGAUGUAAAAAGAAAAGAGGAAAAAAUAAAAGGAAAGUCGCUCUUUAGGGCUUUUUAUUUUAGGGAAACACUGACGAAUGUUCAGAGCCUCCCAUUCAGAGUGACGCUUUUCAUGAUCUUGUUUCAUCAAAGCGCCUUUCCUUCCUUAAUAUUGUUCAACUGUGAAUGUAGAAAUGGGGGGGAAAACUCUUGCGUUAGAGGGAAUAGAAACAAAUUGUCAAACAAGAUUUCAGACUUACACACAAACACAAAGUGCUCAGAAUUGGCAAUGAGAACGCAAAGGGAAAGAUCUCUCCUGACUUGUACUGUAGCAGCCCGAACACCCACAAAAUUGUGCCAAAGAGUUGAAAAACAAUAAAGUAAACCUUCAGGUAAUAUUUUGGAUUGCAAAAUGAGGAUAAAUUCAAUGUUCAAACAAUCUGAUAAAAUGCCAUUUGGAAACUGCUUGGCCUUUUGUGCUCUUUAUUUGAUCGAAUUUUAAUGUGGUAUUGGUCUCUUGCUGCACUUCAAAAACAAAAAAGGAAAAAAGAGAAAUUUAUAUAAAUAUAUAUAUACUGACUUGAGCUUACACAAGACGGCACUUGUAAAAGGUUAUAUUUUUCCACUGCAGUUGAAGAUGAAUAAAAUGGUGUCAAACAUUCCCCAAUACUUCCUUUUUUUGUAUUCUUGGUCUUUCCAGUAAAAAGGGAACCCACUAACACUUUUUUUUUUUUUUUUUUUAAACAGUGUAGUAAAAGUCUGAUGGGCAAUUCUGGGACAGAUUAGCUUUUUGGUGUUCCCAGUCAGGCAGCUUUUAAUUCUGUCAUGUGAAGGAUUGGAAUUUCUUCGGGUUUUUUGUUUUCUUUUGUUCCAUUUUUUUCUCUCAAAUCAAUUUUUUUCUUCCUCCCUUCCUUUUUUGGGGAAUAGUCACUCCUUCACUUGUCCCAGCUCAUCAGCAAUAAAACAGGAAGAAAGGAGAAGGUGUAGGGUGUAAAACAGUUUUUUCAUUUAACCUUUAUUAUGCAGCUCUUACCAGCAGUUUUAAAUUUUGCACAGCCUUUUAAAAGCUGUUUGACUGUGGGAGGAAGUUUAGAAACCCCUCACCUAGUGUAUGAACAGAAGCAGGUAAAAUCUCUUAUUAUCCUUUUCUUCCCUUCUCCCAAUCUGAUUCCCAGGAUCCAUGAAAAUGGGAUCCACUUCUGUUGCCCAUUCGCACUGCAGCAUCCACAGCAGUUCUUGUACAGGGUAUCAGAUAUGUGCCUUUCAGUGCCGGGUUCAGAAUGCAGUCAAAGUGCUGACCUUUGAACCAGUGUACAAAAAAAAAAAAAAAA